GCAAGUGACUGAAGCCUAGCACAGGAGGCCUCCGGCGUGCAGCUCCUAUUGGCUGCUGGGAAGUACAGAACCCAAAAGGGAGGGCCAUGGGAGGUAAAGCCAAGUUCCUGCUCUCAUCCAGAUCCUGUUUUUUUUAGCUUUCUACGCUCCAGCUUGUGAAAGUGACCAGACAGCACUUCUACUCGCCUGUGUCAGCUCUUAUUUCCAGUUUAACAAGCAGCCCUCCCAUUCAGUGAAUGCUCUUUAGCAUCUCCUCCAAUGGCACCAGAACAUCCAGACCAGAACAUCCAGACUCCAUCUUCAGCGCACAGUACUUCUUCAUCUGACAGCGACUCAGGCUGUGCAUCGGAAGACUAUCUUGAUAUUAAGGCUCAUCCCAGUACUGUUGAGUUCACUUUAUCGAACAAUGAUGGACAAGAAUUAAAGCUCAUCCGAACACUACUUCAAUUGCUUCCUCCACAAGACUGUGAUGAAAAGUUCUGCACGGGCUUGGGAGACGUAGAAAGGAGAGAGCUGAGAAAUCUCAGUGCAUACCGGAGACUUCAUUCCAUGAGACAUGGAGUUACUGUGCCUGUCACUUCUGACACUCCUGACAGUUGCUGUAUGGGGUGUGGUGGAAAAAUGUUGGUGGGCGACAUUGCUGUACAUGCAGAAAGGAUUCAGGAUGAAGGCUUUCAAUGGCACCUUGGAUGUUUUGUCUGUGAGACAUGUCACUCGCCAUUGUCACAGUUUAUCUACUUUCUGCAGGACAGCAGAAUUUACUGUGGACGUCAUCAUGCAGAACUUACGAGAUCACGCUGUGCAGCUUGUGACCAGUUGAUUUUGACAGAGAGAUGUACAGUAGCCGAAGGUCACUGCUGGCAUGUGGAACACUUUUGUUGCUGGGAGUGCGAGGAGGUGCUUGGUGGGGGCCGAUAUGUAAUGAAAGGUGGAAGACCGUUCUGCAAUGGCUGCUUUCAGCGUCUUUAUGCUGAGACUUGUGAGGCUUGUGGAGAACCUGUAGAUCCAGAUGAAGAUCUUGUGACUUUAAAAGGGCAGUACUGGCAUUUGCUGCCCUCCUGCUUCUGCUGCUCCUGUUGCAGGACACCACUCCAUAGGUCAGAGUUUAUCAUUCACAAUGAUCAUCUUUACUGCUCUCAAAGCUGCCUAACAUAUGUCUCUCAGAUGUACUGCACUUUCAGAUCUCAGAAAAGUGUUACAAGACCAUCAAAUCACCAAUGUAGUUCCCCAAGAAGCAGAUCUCAGUUAAACUGCAAUGACUCUGUGAUGGAUUACAAAGGUAGAAGACUGAACUCCACUUUACAGGAAUCAUCAAUAACUAGAUGUCAAGCAGGGCUACCGAGACUCUUUAGUGAAACAGACAGCGAGGCAAGUGGCACCUGGUGCCGAGGAUACAAAUAUGACCGAGAUGGUAAAAAGGAAAUGUCAUGCUCUUCAUCAGACUCUGAGCCAGAGGGAUAUUUCCUAGGAAGACCAAUCCCAAAAUAUUCACUCAGUAGAGGAACAGAUUCACCCGUCCACAUCAAAAGCAAAUCUGUAAAAAGACGCCAACGGGGAAAAAGCUGUAAAGUGUCAUAAAAGUACAAAUGUCCCAUUUAAUAGGGUGGGAGAAAGUGUCACCAAAUUAAAUCGCUGUAUGU